AGGCAUCUGGCUCCCAGCACCCACGGAAAGAGCCUGGCUAGGAAACUCCAGCUUGGUGCCUGGGAGCCAGUUCUCAUUCUCCCCAGGGCAGGGAGCAGGUUAUGACCAGGACUAAGGUCCCAGAGUCCCCACCCUUACCCCUCCCUGCUGUUCCAGCCGCUCCCUCAUAUCCACCCCUGCCCCAUCUCCUGACUUUGGUCAUGCUAGCAUCUUCUGCUGGUCCUGAGAUUGUAGCAGCAGCAAGAUGUGGCCUGGAAGGGGACUUUAAGUUCCCCAAAACUACCAGCAAUCCUUCCACCAGGAAAAACACAUCGUCUAAGGAAAAGAAGUGAGGUUUGCUUAAGGCGUGGCAGCUUCGGAUAAAGGCAGGACUCCGCCUGGCAGCCCGAUUUCUCCCGGAACCUCUGCUCAGCCUGGUGAACCACACAGGCCAGCGCUCUGACAUGCAGAAGGUGACCCUGGGCCUGCUUGUGUUCCUGGCAGGCUUGCCUGUCUUGGACGCCAAUGACCCAGAAGAUAAAAACAGUCCUUUCUACUAUGACUGGCACAGCCUCCAGGUUGGCGGGCUCAUCUGCGCCGGGGUUCUGUGCGCCUUGGGCAUCAUCAUCGUCCUGAGUGAGUGGAGGAGCUGGGGGAAGCAGGUGGGCCGGGGCUGGGGCUCUCCUCCCCUGACCACUCAGCUCCCUCCAACAGGUGCAAAAUGCAAAUGCAAGUUCGGCCAGAAGUCCAGUCACCGUCCAGGGGAGACUCCACCUCUCAUCACCCCAGGCUCAGCCCAAAACUGAUGAGGACAGACCAGCCGAAAUUGGGUGGAGGACCGUUCACUGUCCCCAGGUCCUGUCUCUGCACAGAAACUUGAACUCCAGGACGGAAUUCUUCCUCCUCUGCUGGGACUCCUUUGCAAGGCAGGGCCUCAUCUCACCUCUCGCAGGAGGGUCUCUUUGUUCAAUUUUUUAUCUAAAAUGAUUGUGCCUCUGCCCAAGCAGCCUGGAGACUUCCUAUGUGUGCAUUGGGGUGGGGCUUGGGGCGCCAUGAGAAGGUCGGCGUGCCCUGGAGGCUGACACAGAGGCUGGCGCUGAGCCUGCUUGUUGGGAAAAGCCCACAGGCCUGUUCCCUUGUGGCUUGGGACAUGGCACAGGCCUGCCCUCUGCCUCCUCAGCCAUGGGAACCUCAUAUGCAAUUUGGGAUUUACUAGUAGCCAAAAGGAAUGAAAGAGAGCUCUAACCAGAUGGAACAGUGGAACAUUCCAGUAGACCCUGGACCAUCCCAGGAAAACUGGGACAUAGGAUCGUCCUACUAUGAUGGAAGUGUUCAGACAGUUUAUAACAGUAAGACCCCUGUGACCCUUUCACUCACCCCCGAGACCUCACUUUAUUCCAAGAUCUUUCCAAAUACCCAAAUGUCCCUGCAAGCCAGUUAAAUAAUUCCCUAUGCUACCCUUAAUAACAUACAAUGAGCACAUAGUGUGAGAACUUCCAACAAGCCUCAAACUCCCUUGAGACUCCCCAGUACCUAAUCAGGCAUCCAAAAUGUUCCCAUGAACUACCCCACAAAAUGCCUAAAACUCAAAACACCCAAAAAUAUCUCCUCCAAUGUCCUGAGACAUGAACCCAAAAAGAGACCCACAAUAAACUCGUGACUUGUCCCCUCA